GCCGUGAUCCGAGUUUUCCCUGUGCCUUCUGCACGCGAGCGAGUCCCCGCCAGGGCCCCGGUGUCUCCAGCCCUCGCAUCUCGAGCCCCCGCGUCCCCGCGCCUAGGUCACCCGGAAGGAUGCACUGUGCGCCGACGGCCGGAGCAGCCCUGGUGCUGUGCGCCGCCACCGCGGGGCUGCUGAGCGCGCAGGGCCGCGCGGCGCCGUCCGAGCCGCCGCGCUUCGCGUCCUGGGACGAGGUGAACGUGCUGGCGCACGGGCUUCUGCAGCUCGGCCACGGGCUCCGCGAGCACGUGGAGCGCACCCGUGGGCAGCUGGACGCGCUGGAGCGACGCCUGGGCGCUUGCGGGGCCGCUUGCAAGGAGUCGGGGGUGUCCACCGCGCCCCUACACGCGCCUGCGAGUCUGGUCCCCAGCGGCGAGGCCGCCCCUGAGAGCCUCGGCAGCCUGCAGACGCAGCUCAAGGCUCAGAACAGCAGGAUCGAGCAGCUCUUCCAGAAGGUGACCCAGCAGCAGCGGCACCUGGAGAAGCAGCGCCUGAGAAUCCAGAAUCUGCAGAGCCAAGUGGACCUCCUGGCCCCCAUGCACUUGGGCCGUGGGGGAGCCAAGUCUGCUAGGAGAAAGAGGCUACCCAAGACGGCCCAGCUUGCUGGCCCGGCUCACAACAUCAGCCGCCUGCACAGGCUGCCCAGGGACUGCCAGGAGCUAUUCGAAGAGGGAGAGCGGCAGAGUGGACUGUUCCAGAUCCAGCCUCAGGGGUCCCCGCCGUUCCUGGUUAACUGCAAGAUGACCUCAGACGGAGGCUGGACUGUAAUCCAGAGGCGCCAGGACGGCUCCGUGGACUUUAACCGGCCCUGGGAAGCCUACAAGGGUGGCUUCGGAGACCCCCAAGGUGAGUUCUGGCUGGGCCUGGAGAAGGUGCAUCGCAUCGUGGGGGACCGCGGCAGCCGCCUGGCGGUGCAGCUGCAGGAUUGGGAGGGCAACGCCGAGUCCCUGCAGUUCCCCAUCCACCUGGGUGGCGAGGACACAGCCUAUAGCCUGCAGCUCACCGCACCCGUGGCCAGUAAACUGGGCGCCACCACUGUCGCGCCCAGCGGCCUCUCCCUGCCCUUUUCCACUUGGGACCAGGACCACGACCUCCGCAGGGACAAGAACUGUGCCAGGAGCCUUUCUGGUGGCUGGUGGUUCGGCACCUGCGGCCACUCCAACCUAAACGGCCAGUACUUCCGCUCCAUCCCUCGGCAGCGGCAGCAGCGCAAGAAGGGCAUCUUCUGGAAGACGUGGCGGGGCCGUUACUACCCGCUGCAGGCCACCACCCUGCUGAUCCGGCCCACAGUGGCCGAAGCAGCCUCCUAGUCUCCUCCCUGGGGCCUGGACUCAGGCUCCUCGAGGACACUGACUCUGAACCUGGCCCAGCACGUGGCCACUCCCUGCCUGGGCAGGGGCUGUGGGCAGGCGCCGUCUGGAGCCUCAUGGACAGAGAAGCAGCGAGGACUGGAGAGGCCCCCUUUCUGAGUGGGGGGCUGCAGGCAGUGCCCUCUGAGAAGGACAGAGCUGCAGGGCUGCAG